GAAGGCGGUCCGAGGGCGGCAGGGAGGAGGGUGAGGUCCGCUUUCGCUUUGGCCCGAUGCUGCGGCCCUCUCUGCCUGCGCUGCGGGGCCAUGUCCCGGGCGGGCAGCGGCGAGGCUCCUCCGAAGGCGCUGCGGGCCAAGAUCGUGAUGGCCGGAGAGUCCUGCGUGGGCAAGACCUCCAUCCUCCAGCGCUACACCGAGCGCGGCCCCACCGCCUCCUACAUCGCCACCAUCGGCAUUGAUUUCAAAGUGAAAACUAUUUCAUUGAAUGAUACAACUAUGCAACUUCAAAUAUGGGACACUGCUGGCCAGGAACGAUUCCAUACUUUCACUACUAGUUUUUUCCGUGGAGCUCAUGGAUUUGUGCUUGUCUACGAUGUCACUAGCACAGAGAGUUUUCAAGGAAUUGCACAUUGGAUGAAAGAUAUAUAUGAGCUUGCUUGGGAGUAUGGGAUACCCUUUUUUGAGACCAGUGCAAAGGACAAUAUAAACAUUGAUGAUGCCUUUUCGGUACUAGCUGAAGAAAUAUUAAACAAGAGUUCCUGUGUACUACUUGACGUAGACGUGGUGGACCUAUAUGAAAAAGCACAGAAGAAAGCUUGCUGCAGACUUUGACUGGCAGCUGUGUUUGUGUUAUUUGUUUUGCACUUAACAAGUUUGACAUAUAUAUGGGGGGGAGAGAGUGAGAAAGAGCGAGAGACGUAUAUAAGGGAUGGGCAAAGUGUAGCCCUCCAUUAGCCCUACUAUUGGUUGUAAUUCAUAGCAUAUCUAUUAAGCAAGUGGCAUUUUAUCUAAUUGUCUUUUACAAAUGUGUAAAAUAUAUAACCUUAUGAUUUGCCCUUCAGGUCAUGACUAAAGUCUCUUCAAUUGCAAGCAAAAGAAAUAUGUCCAGUCCCUGUGAAGCUGUUAGCUCCCAGUGGUGCUACAUGCAUCUGAAAAUAGUUCCUGUAAUAGUAUACUGGGCAAUUUAUGACAUUACAAGCAGCAAAUGUAGCCUUUGCCAAAAUAGCUCACAAUCCAAUAACUAUGUAGAUAGAUAUGGAUAGAAGAGAAGAAUGGGAAACUGUCUCAACAAGUAUUACACAGAACAAUUUUUGAAAUGGAAUCUUUUACCAGUUUUUAAAGGUUUUUAAAAGUUUUUAAAGUUUUAGCAGUUUUAAAGGUUGUAUAUAACUUAAUUUGGUUUCAUGGCAGAAGGGGCCAGCUAUACAUGUAGCAGUCUUCCUUAGAGUUUACAAAUGCAAGUGGGCAAUAUUGUUUUAUUUGCCUUCCUGUUUAGAAAUCAGCAGAACAGGGAGACAUCUAGGACAAGGUUGCCAGGCUUAAAUCUACAGUAUUUUCCAAGUAGAGUGCAUACAUACUACAGCCAUCUUUGACUAUCUGAAGAGUUGUCAUGUGAAAAAAUGAAGCAACCAUGCUUCUGCUGUUUCAGAGAAUACUGUGUUUCCCUGAAAAUAAGAGAAUACUGUGUUUCCCUGAAAAUGUCUUAUAUUAAUUUUUGCUCCCAAAGAUGUGCUAGGUCUUAUUUUCAGGGGAUGUCUUAUUUUUCUAUGAAGAAGAAUUCACAUUUAUUUUUGAACAAAAAAUGAACAUUUAUUAUAUACUGUACAGUAGUUGUCAUCACAAACCAACAUAACCAGACAAACUGUGAAUCCUAUCAAGAAUUUCUUGUUACUACCAUUAUUUCUAUGUACAACUGGUAUGUACAUUUACCAAUCCUGCAUGCUCUGGUGUUCUGUUUGGCAGGCGCUGGGCAUGCUUCCAAACAAAAACUUUGCUAGGUCUUACUUUUGGGGGAGGCCUUAUAUUUAGCAAUUCAGCAAAACUUCUACUAGGUUUUAUUUUUCGGGGAUAUCUUAUUUUCGGGAAAACAGGGUAGGUUCUGAACCAAUAAAUACAUUGAAAUAAUAAGAACAGAGCAUCUGAUUAAACAUUUGAAAGAACUUGUGGUAAGAGCUGUGUUAUAGUUGUGGGGAAGUGGUGGACUCUGUUUCCUUGCAAUUUUAAAAAGAAAAAACAAUUAGAGGUUUAAUGGUCCCUCUUAACUAGUACUUUAGCUGUGGGUUCCUGCAUCCAUAGAGGACUGGGCUAUUUGGCCCUUGAAGCUGAUUUACCAAAUUCCCAUAGAUUCAUUUGACCUACUUCAGAUGAAAAUAACUUGAAUUUAGAUUUUUUUUUAAGUACAAUCUAACAUGAUUCAACCUAGGGUAUAUUAUCUAGUUUUGAUGAGUACAUAGCCCCCUUAUAAGUCCUGAUAUUUCUGGGGUAAAUAAACUUCUCAAAAAUUGGGGUGGAGGGAAAUGCAAUAUUAGUACAGGACAAUUCCUGUAUCAACAGAACCAAUAUCUGCAGGUUCACUUAUUAAUGGUUUCACUUAGUCACACGUAAGACCUCCUGUAGAAACUUUAUCUUCUUCGAAAUACUGCCAUUAUUCAUCCUUUUGAUGAAUAAUGCUAUUAUCCAAAGCUUCAUGUAUCCAUGCAACAUUCUGAAAUAUAUUGCCUAUGGAUAUGGGAGCCACACUUUACUUAUUUAAGAGGUUACUCAUCUUCUUCUCCCUUUUUUCAUCUUCUUUGAGAAGACAAAUGGGGCACGUUGCACAUAACCAUGGGUGGGCAAAGAACCUCCUCACAGAUCCUUCUGCAAUGUCUGUCAAGGCUCUUCUAACUUCCCUGCCAGGCAUGAUAGACCCAUAGAGCUGCCACCAUUACCAUUUUUCUGCCCAGGCUUUCAAAAAGCCCCAAAGCAGCACCACAGUGGACAAAGGUGCUACAUUAACCUGUGUAUUAAUUGAAUCAGGGUUGGUUUUUUCUUUGCAUGUAUUUUUCUUAGGCAGAAGUAUAUGUGCUACAAAUGCUCAUUCAUUCAAAAUGAAAGCUGUUCCAAUUUUAGUUUCAGCUUUUCAUUCAGAUGGCCUCUUCCAUCAAUGGAACAAUGGACACUAUCAUCCUGAGCAUCUAAGGAAAUGAAUAGACUCAGUGAAAGGCAUUUCAGCAUAAUAACAGUCCAUGGAAUAUCCUCUUCUACUGUGUGAUCUUUUUGAAGAUUGCAAAAUUUUGCUGAACAAAAAUCCCAGAACUGGAAGCAAAAUAGAAUUUGCUGCAGGAUAGCUGCUUCAUCAAAACUGUGAUAACAUCUUUUCAAGUGUGGAAUUUUAAUUAGAACGUUGCACAAAACUUGCUACAAGUUUCGGUUACAACUCAUUCUUAAAGAACAAAAGUGUCCUUUAAGAAGUUAGGUGUUUCACAAAAGUACUAGGGCGUUAUGGAGAUUUUCUAAAUUAAGAUUCUUAUUGUAAGUUAUGGUUGAAAGUUGGGUUUUCUAACUCUGUAUCUUGGUCAGCACUGAAAUAAAAAAUGCGAGUCUUGCUGCUUCAGUAAAAGUAAACUCUCCAAUCACAAUUAGCCAAUCCAGUCUAGAAGACAUUUGUGAACAGCCACUCAACAGACUAAAGAGCCCCAGAAGAGGGGGAAAGGUAGCUCUGUAGAUCAAAGGUUUAAACUGCAGAAUACAGGCUAUACCCACACUACAGAAUUAUAGCAGUUUGGUGCCACUUUAACUGCCAUUGUUCAAGUUGAUGGAAUUUAGAUCUGUAGUUUUGCAAGAUAUUUAGCCGCCUCUGUCAGAGAGCUCUGAUGCUACAAUGAACUACAAAUCCUGGGGUACCAUAGGAUGGAGUCAGGAUAGGUAAAGUGCCAUCAAACUGCUAUAAUUCUUCAGUCUAGAUGCUCUUUGAGAUACUUUGGGCACUUCUAUGUAUUUAAACUCCCUCUAGCCUGCUUAGAUAUCACUGGAUCUUUCCAAAAAGUUAAAGCAUGAAAAAAUAAAUUGAUGAGCAUGAAA